AUGUCUAAACUCCAACUAGAGGUUCGAAUCAUCCCUCCAAGUGUACGCGAGUUAGAGGAUCAGAUAUUAACACAAUCAUAUUUGAUCCCUCGAGAGCCGGUUCAAAAUCCAAACUCCUCUUUUUCGUUGUCACUACAAUCUACUUCUGUAUCCCCUCAACCAUUGUACCAAUAUCCAAUCAAUUUACACCCAAAUGUGGUACGGUUUGUACACCUCACUUUGUUCAGUAAUACUCUGAAUACCAUAGCAGAAGAAAUUUCUCAAAGAUUUUUAAAGUUACACCCUGAUCAAGAUCCUUUAGAGAUUGAAAGGCUUGAAAAUUCUUUUGGAACUGACUUGGAUCCCGAUUAUGUCGCUGAGGACAUCUUUAACAGAGAUAAUUUGAUACGAGUAAUUGUUGAUAAAGAGAUAGUAACGAGAAAACGUUCUCAAAGUCCUCAGCCUUUUCACAACUCUUUGAUUCUACCCAGGAAAAGAGCGAAAAGUUCGUCGUUAAAGACCCCAAACCCAAACCUCCAGUCACCGUCAAGGCACCCUUUGGCUGAAGAAAUUAAUGCCAAUUCUACUACUCUAUUUGCCAAUGUUGAUCCUACGAAGCCAAAUAGCCCUGCUACCAGUUCUACUCCCGUUAUAUUGAAUAACAGUACUCGCAAGGUCUCUGAAAGAAUUACGUCGGGCAUGCUAACAGCUGAUAUGCCCAAUCUUUCAAACAAUGAUAUUCCAUCUGCUGACGAAAGUUCCUACCAGAAAGGCAGUGAGCCAAAACAGGCAAGUGUCCCCAGUAAGGAAACCGUUCAAAUGAACAAGAAAACUAACACUAUGGAGAGCUCCGUUACGACGUCUCCGAAUAAAGUUUCCAGCUCUAAAGUGGCUGAAAAGUCACCCUCUCCCACAGGCGAAAAUACCGUAACCUUAACCAAGGAGGAUGUUUUUAGAUUUUUUAAGAGUGGUAUUCGAAAUUCUACUGGGAAUGAUACUGAUCUUGAGGACACAUUUAGCUCCUAUAAACCAGCUCGCUUCAACCCUAACAAACAAAAUGGCUCUGGAUUAGCAAUAGAUGAAGCUCCAUCCUCCAGAAACCGUCAGCACUCUGCGCUUGAACCGGAGCAGAGUUCGACUCUAACUGAAUCGUCGGCUCCCAAAGUUGUCACCGCUCUUGCUUCAAGUACAAACCAGCCUCCUAGAUUGCUUCGCUCUAUUAAUGCAAAUUCAAAGGUGGCAAACGCUUUGGCGAACAAGGAACAGUUUGAAGAGAGUCAAGAAAAAGAUCCUUCUUCCUUGGCAAAAGACGAGUUAUCUAAGCAAAAAGCAGCUGAAGAAGAAACUAGCCGUAGACGUCAGGCUGAAGAGAGAAGACGAUUGCAGGAAGAAAAAAGGCAGCUUCAGUAUGAGGAGAAAUUAAGAAAAGACGAGGCAAGGAGACUUGCAAGAGAAGAACGGGAUCGUUCCAGGCUAGAAAAGAAAGCCCAGCAGGAAGAGGAAAAGCUCAAGAGACAGGAAGAGAGAAAGAAACUCCAAGAGGAAAAAAAAAAGCAGCUCGAGGAAGAGAAACAGCGGAAGUUAGAGGAAAAGAGAAAGUUGUCGGAAAUGAAAAGCUCAGAAGAAAUUAGUCAGAGUCAUAACUCACAGUCACCUUUCACCUCUCCUGCGAGACAGAGCACUGUGCAAACUGCAAGUUCUCCUGCUAGUAAAAUUAUGAAUGAUCCAGCGAGAAAUACUGGGCACAAUUCUUUAAAUUCUCCAGUUACAAACAACAUAGUUAAAUCUUCUGCAAACCCGUUGAAUGCAGUAGAUACACUUGGAACGUCUUCAACUUCCCCCGUUAAGAAACCCAUUUCCCCAACCAAAGUCAACCCUUCAUCCACAAAUAGUUUGGCCACUGUAUCCACUUCUUCACUUGACAAAAAUGCCAAUAGGAAUCAACCUUCAGCAAGAACUUCUGACAAUAAUGUGACAAACGCACCCUUGCUGAUUUCUCGUCGUAAUGUAACAGAAUUAUCACCUAAUCACCCUAAAGUUUCUUCAGAAAACUUAAGCAGCAAAAAAGUAAUCGCAGAUAAAGAUCAAGAGGAAUCAAGUAGCGAGAGUGAUAGUACAAGUGAUAGCAGUGAUAAUAGUGAAAGUGACAGUGACAGCAAUAGUGAAACAGACACUAGCAGCGAUUCUGAUACUGAGGGCAGCGGCUCAGAGGAAGAAAAACAUGAAAAAAAAUCAGGAACUGUUUCUAAAAGACCCAUAGUUGUUAAUACACCAGCCACAAAAACGGUCGCAACUUCAAGUAAGCCAACAUUGCAGGCUAGUUCUUCUGCAGAUUCUUCACGAACACCUGUUAAAAAUCAAAAUUCGUCAUCAUCUGCAUCUCCUAAAAAGGCGGAUAUUUCUGUGCUCCAGGUGGAAAAGAAAGAGCCUGCCCUGACAGGUGUUUCGUCGCUACCAAAACUGACGCAGCUGAUGGAACGAGGAGUACCUGCAGUUAAGGACACUACCAACAAUCUUUCGUCGUCUAACAAGAAACUAACCCCCCACCGCAGGGUCAAAUCGGAUGCGAUAGUAGAUGACUCAGAUUUAAGUUCAAGCUCAAGUUCAGAUUCAACAUCGAGUUCAGACUCUGACUCAAGCUCCAGCUCAGGCUCAGAUUCCUCGUCGGGCAACAACUCAAGUAGUGACGACUCUUCUGAUUCUGCAAGCGAGUCAGAUGGCAAUAAAGCCCUCAGCUCUCAAUUUUUGAAUUCUAAAAAGGCCAAGGAACUCAUUGGAAAGAAAAAGAAGAGCUCAGCACUUUCCUCCUUGUUAAAAGACACUAAAAAAUAA